UAAUCCAUCAAUGAUGAUCCUUACACCGGUUGUUUACAUCUGUUUACUGAAACAAUAUUUUGUUUACUUCGAUUUUUCGCCUAAUUUCUGGCCUAAACCUUUAUCAUUCAUCUCAAAUAAUUAUAAUCAAAUUGUUUAGUUUAUUACUAAAACUAUUUAUCACAAAAGUUGCCGCAAAAUAAACAAAUACUGAUUACAAAUAGUAACCAAGCUACUGUUCCCUACCAAUAUUUUUUUUAACCUGAAAAAUUAUUGACGUUCUCAAUCAAUCAAAUUUCACUUGCAUUCGAUUUAAUUCUAAAUGUUUAUCAAUGGAUUUUCCUGCAUUUCAUCUACCUUACCCGUUAAUCUUUCCUCUCUAAUAAUCUUCACUGCUAGAUCCAUAUCAAGUGUAAAGUAUAAAGUGCAGCUGUGAAUAUCUUGGUAAACAAAAGACAGAUUUCAAUAAAGAGUAAGAUUGUACUCUACUCUUUAGAUUUCAAUUUCAAUUAAAUGCGACAGUUUACCAUUUUUUAAAGUAAAUAUCGAUUUAUCUUUAAGACUGAAGUGUUAAGUCCACUGUGAUUAAAAUGAGCUCAUCAAUUAACAACACUCUUGAAGUUUUCAGUUCUGGACAACUUCUUUCAUCAUUAUUAACAGAUGUUGAAUCCUCUGAAUCUGCAUCUAUAGACGACUUGCUUUCUCAACUUAGUCCACGUGAAACUGUCCAAAAACUUGAACAAGCUCGAUUGUUGAUAGAAGAAAACCUUCAAAAUUUGGUUUAUCGUGAUUUCGAUGAAUUAUUAGAUGAAACCAGUAAAGUGGAAAUUCUUGAGUCCCAUCUAACUGUUAUCCAUGGCAAAAUUGAAGCUCUCAUGGAAACCCUUGAAAAACUGCGAUCACGUCUAACUGAACCUUACAACCGAGUAGCACAUCGAAUAGCUCUUCUCAAUCGCCUUCAUGCUACAUGUGAUCUUCUUCGUCGUAUCGUUCGUUUCAUGCAUCUCAGCCGUCGUUUGAAUCAAACUGAUUUCAAAGGAGCCGAUCAAUCCACCAUUAACAGAGAGGUUAUCAAAGCAGCUCAAUUUGUCCACGAACUCAACAGCCUUAUUUCUCAAGAUGACAGUCUUUUAAAGAUCGAUAUAAUCAAAAGUGAUCUUAUCCACUUAGGGGAUAAACAAAAUGAUAUUCUUGAAAUCGCUAACACAUGUUUCACAAAUGGUUUUUCAAAACAAGAUUCAAGUCAAGUUGGUGUCGCACUCCAUGUCUAUUAUUUUUUUAACAUUCUUGAUGAAAAGGUUGAUUUAUUUUUGCAAAAUAAAGAGCAAAAUAUCAUUACUACAGCUAGAGAUGUCUUUGACAUGUCAAGUUAUAAUCAAGCUCGAUCAACGGGACCAGGUAGUGCAGUUGUACCCAUGACACUGGCACAAUCCGCUAAUUUCAAGACCAAACUAUGGAAUAAUAUUGAAAAUCUUAUGGAGCAAAUUUUUAUUGCCUUUUCUCAAGCUGAAAUGCUGUUCAAAAUAUUGAAAAAGAAGCGCGAUCCUCUUAACCAAUCAAGUCUACUCGAGAGUACAUCUAAACCAAAUGGAUUGAUAGAAUUUAUAACCCGAAUCAACAAUUUUCUCUCACAAACAAUGACUAAAGCCAAUGCUUCAUCAAAUAUCAUUAAAGAAGUUUUAGAGGGAGAAUAUCCUAAAAUUCUUCGCCUUUUCACCGAAGUCUGGAAAAGAUUAUCUCGAGAUGACAAAGAUAUCAAUUUGGAGUCUAUGAUGAGAUCAGUUUUGCAUCCUUUUGAAAGUGCUUACCUUUCCAGGUCGCUUUCUCUGCUUUUUGAUGCAGUCAAUAUAAUUUUUAUGGAUACUAAGGAAAGUUUAACAUCAUCUUCAAAUUCAUUAACCAAUGUCCGUGAGGUUAGUCUGCCUACUAAAGAAGACAUUGAUUCGCUAGUCAAAACUCUUUCUGCCGAGAUGAAUGUCGCUAACUUAGAUCCAGAAUUGAGUCAAGCUGUUGCUAAAAAUAUUGGUAAAUCUGUCCAAAUGUUUCUUGUUAAGUGUGAAAAAUUAAUCUGUGUUGAAGGGGAUGCAACUCAAGUAAUUGGACCUGCCACCAAAUCACAGCAAUGCAAUGCUACCAUAGUUCAUCGUUUGGAGUUGUUUAAACAACAAAUGGAACAUUUAUUAUCUAACUGCGAGUCAAACGAAGAAUCAUUGAACAUUAUUCGCGGUUAUCUCAAUAAUUUAGAUAGUCUUAUUAUUAAUACUAUCGAUCCUCUCAUGAACUCUGCUCAAGACUCGAUUGAAGCCAUUAUAUUAACCAUCCAUAAUGAAGAUUUUUCAAACUCCGUAAACGGCCCUCCUCAAUGCUCACUCUAUAUGCGAGAACUCCAAGGAUUUAUUACAAGAGUUUACAGUGAUUAUUUUUCGCUGUUUCCUGACACUCCUGUAGUUCGUAAUAGGAUUCUAAAAGUUGCUGUACGAACCAUCGAUUUAUUUCUUCGCCACGCUACUUUGAUUCGACCUUUGACUCAAAAUGUCAAAAUGAGGUUGGCUGUUGACUUUGCUCAAUUAGAAGAAGCUUUAUCUACAUUCCACCAGCUGAUCGAUGAUCUUGGUAAACAUUAUCGUAUUCUUAGAGCAUUCAAGUUAUUACUUUUCCAUGAGCCAUCGUCAAUAGUCAAAUCUCAAGCAGUUGGUAAUCUUAUUCCAUAUUCAAUCGUUAUUCAAUUUUUAAUCUCAACACAUGGUCCACCCGAAAUGAAAUCCGCUCAUGAAAAUCGAGGAUGGUCUAUAACUAGGUAUUCAGCAUGGAUAGAUGAACACAGCGAUGAGGAGCAACGGCUAAUGCUCUUCAAAGAGACUUUGGAAUCUUAUGUGAUGGAAAUCAGACGGAAACAAGUAACGAAAUCUUUUCCUGAGGUAUACACUAUUAUAUUGGAUAUAUUACAAAAAGCUUUGGUGAAAAGUUAAUUUUCCCGGUGAAAUAAGCGUUACAUACCAUAAUUUAUAACUGCAUUGUUCCUCUUGAAAAUAUCUAAUGCUAAAGCUGCUAAAAAUGCAGGAUAACUGUCGUAUUUCUCCAAAUAAAGUUUGAUAAAAUUUGUUAAAUUUUUUGAAAAA